CCGUAGUCGAUAAGGAUGAAAGGAAUGUCAAACCCGAGCCCCAGCCCCAGACCAAGCGCCUCCACAACACAUCUGACAUUCCUCCUCGGCGGUGCAGGGACGGGCGGCCCUAAUGACGGACUUCCUCAAAUACAAGUGCAGAACACGCCCACCUCAAGGGCCGAUUGGAUAAAGAGGAGCACCGAGGCCAGGUGCAAGUACAGGACAUCCCUCCACCUGUACUGGGACCUGAACUGGUAUCGGAUGGAAGGGGAUGAUGAUAAAGACCAUUUCCGGGACCUGGAAAUGAUACGAGAAAGAUGCAGUGCCAUAAACAAAAACAGAGGAAGAAAUGGACCAGGUGGAGAAGAUACCGGAACAACACUGCCUACCCCUGUUUGUACCAUUAAAGAUCACACCAAUGAUGUCACAAGUGUAGACUUCUCUGGCCGAUCACUCCUUGCAACAGGCUCAUCAGACAAGAGUGUGAGAUUGUACAAGUGGCAAGUUGGAGACAAGUUUGCUGAAGUGAGCCACUCUCCUCUUCUGGGCCACACAUAUGGUGUAAAUUAUGUUAACUUCUCUCCAUUCGGCUCAAAGUUGGCAUCUGCAUCCAUUGAUGGAUCAACCAUUAUUUGGGAUGUAAAGAGUGGUGAGCGGCUGUGCUCCCUGCAGCCUGCCAGUGAGGCUGCUGUUCGGGUGUGUGCCUUCUCUCCCAACUCUGCCCUGCUGGCUACUGGAGGGGAUGAUGACUUGGCAGGGAUCUGGGAUGUUUCUACACUCUCACUUCUCAGACGAAUGUGUGGAGACGAAUCAACAGUAACAAGUUUAAGCUUCACCCCAGAUAGCUGUUAUCUGGCUACUGGGAGCAGUGGCGGUGAGCUGCGGGUGUGGGAUGCUCGCUACGGACAUUCUGUGGCACUUGCUAUUAAGGCAGAAGCUCACGAUUUGGGAGUAUGUUCAAUUCACUUUAGCCCAUCAAUUGGGAAGGAGAGCAGUGGAACUAUCGGAAAGCAGUAUCUGUUGGCAUCAGGAGGACAAGACACAGAACUGCAUUUAUGGGUGGUGGAGAUUGGCAGUCAGGUGUUAGGCGGGGACACCACACCUUCCAUCACACUUCAUCACACGCUGUGUGGCCAUUGUGCUCCAAUCAUGUCAGUUCGGUUCAGUGCAAGUGGACUGCUUCUGGCAUCUGCUUCGGGGGAUAAAACUGUCAGGCUGUGGGAUCCUAUGAAACAAGUUCCUCUGGGUGUGCUGGAGGGCCACAAGCGAUAUGUUACCUCCUGUGCCUUUAGUGAUGAUGGGGCGCUGGUUGCUGCUGGAAGUGGAGACCGGGUGGUCAAAGUUUGGCGGGUGGAUGGAGCCACCAACCCCACCCAUAGCUCUACCUCAUCCACUGAUGCAAUAAGAAAGCUACGAGUCAGGUUUCCCUCCUAUGGACUUCGAGAGAACACAAAACUCAUUGAAUGGAGCAGUGAAGAUUUAUGUGAAUGGUUGGUUGAACAAGGACUGGCAGAAUACUCUCAUAAUUUCCGGACUCAUGCAAUUGACGGACGAGAAUUGCUAUCGGUAACAGAUGAAGUGCUCGAGAAUAAGCUUGGCGUUGAUGCACUUGGACAUCGAAACAAAAUUAUGCGUCUGAUUCGUAGAUCUCAGGACAACCAAGCAAAAAAGGAAGCUUCUAAUGAACCGCCUUCUGAAUUCCUUUGUCCCAUCACACAAGAAAUGAUAUGUGAUCCAGUUCUCUGUGCAGAUGGCUUCACUUAUGAGCGAGUAGCAAUGGAGGCAUGGCUGGCCAGUGGUAAACGCACUAGUCCAAUGACCAAUGAGAAGCUGGCCCACGUUGUCCUUACUCCAAAUCGAACAUUGCGCACACUUAUACAGAAGUACAGGGAGGACAACAUUUGACCCACCGGGUGUUGCAAAUGCAAAGUUGGCUGCACUGAAGAUUGCAGAAUACGGAAAGAAAGAAUAUCUGUGAUUUCAGCAGCUGUUUUACUUGUUGAUUAUUUGAUGGAAUAUACUGAAAGCCUUAAGUUCAUUGGUAAGUACACAGUUUUUACAGUUAUGAAGUCAAGGGCUUGGGUGCAGGUUUGUAUAGCAUCACUACAUUUUUAACAGUUUAAUCAGUCUACAUUGAUAUGCAACUUGGCAUAUAUCAUAUAUAUGUUGCUUGAAAUUUAGUAAAUAAAAUGCAUGAAAAUCAAAAUCUCUUGCAGGAUUGAAGAAACCAAAAGAGACUGGUUUCAUAAGUUGCAGGGAACAAUACACAGUAUCACAUUUUAAAUAAUUUCAACAUAGUGAUGUCCUAGGAAAGUCCUGUCAUAAUUAAUUUCAUAAUAGUUAUAAAUACAACCUUUUAAUAAUCUUAAUAAUAUUUUCUCAAAUUUUGAGUUUACAGAAAGGGGUUCUGCACAAGUAUCUUGAAAUAACUAAAUACUAUUUUGUCCAAUCUGAAGAACUGCAGUGUAUAUGCACUUGAACAUUUGAAAUUUGUUUGAAUGUUAUUUUUCUUAUUUGUACAUGCCUAUUGUUAUUUUCACAACAUCUGAAGUACAGUUUUUCUAUUCUUAACUGUCAGACUCCCUGUUGCCAAACAGUUGUAUCACUUGCACAUAUUUUGUUCUUCAACACCUGUUUAAAUUUGAAUAACAUGACUUAAUUUAAUGUUGGACCAUAAAUCUUUUAGUUAAAAUCAGUAUGCCUACUCUUUUCUGUUGCAAUUACAAGUGAUGUCAGCUAUAUGCAGAGGUGAUGGGUAAUGCAAUCACCAUAUUCAGCAACAUAACAAGCACCAGGUGUUGCACAUAGAUAGGUGCUCUCUGCUGCACUCAGGACCAUAGCAGUCAGAUGUGAAACAGAAAAAAAGAUGGCAUGUGUAAUCUGCUGUGUACAGGCUCCACUGUAUUUAAAAUUUACUGCUAGAACUGCCUCAUCAAUUGACGGUAUUACCAGGCCUUCAGUAAUGAGUGACAAGGGAAGAAUGCAGUCCCCAAGGGGCACAAACACUAAAGUUUCUUUAUGCUUCCUUUGAAUCUUCUCUUCUGUUUUACUGCCUUCCUUUUUUCAUUGUACUUUUCAUCUCUUCUACCAGAAUCUUCUAUUAUUUUUUCAUCUCCUUAACAAUAUUUACUAGGCCUUGACUUAUCUUAUAUUUUCUCCCCUUUCUUCUUUCUCCUCCCCCAACUUGUAGGCUUGAAUUCUUCCAUAAUAAAAAUCUGUCCCAAAGUUGAUGCCAAAGAGGUGCAAUAGCAUAACAAGUUCCUUAUUACUUUGUUGAUAUAGUUUAUAUAGUAUGUACAGGAAUCUGAGCCUGGGGACUGGGUCCACCCUCAAAAAUUUUACCUGGAACACUUGUCAGAAUGUUCUAAUUUCUUUCUUGCUCCCUCUCCACCGUAAAAAUAGUGACUGCUGAUGGUCAGUGAGAUCAGCAUUCAGUAUCUCUUAUUUAAGACUCAUCCAUUUAGGUUCUUAGUGAGGAAAGAAUGCCUCCCCUCAGCAACUCAUCCAAAAUAUUAGAAUGAGAAUGAUUUCAUGAUGAAGAAAAUAAUUGUGCAAGUAGUUUAUUGCAUUUAUUAAUGUGUAUAUAAAUUUACUAAAAAGAUAAGGUACAUUUUCACUGUUCUCACAAGCUUUAUAUCAGUGAAGUUUGAAAAAGAAAAAAAAUUAUGAAGAUGCAUGUGCAUAUGAACAACAGUCUGCUCUGUUGAACUGCAGAGUGCAGACCAAACUUUCAUCUCAUUUUACCUCAGCAGUCAGCUUGGUCCUUACCUGAUGCUGAUGCUACCUGUUGACUGCUAGACUGUAGUUUACUCCUAAACUUAUGCACAUGGCAAACAAUACUUAUAACUACAUUAUAAAGUAAGGGAGUACUAAUUAACAUCACCAGCACCAUUGUUUGAACACCAGAACAGUAACGGCACAACAUGCACAGUGUGGAUACUUUCUUUUCUUGGUGUAUGGAAUUACUCCUACUUAUUAUACACAAACUACUAUGAUGAUAAAAAUCCCAGAAAUGUUGAGAUAAGUAGCAGGAUGCUCAGUUUCCCUCCAUCCCACAUCUCAUCUGGACCUGGCUAAUUCUAUUACAACAGGAAAACCUUUUCUUGUGUCACACAACUAUAUGUAAAAUUUAUAUGACUACAUCAUGCUUAAACUGAUGUUUCCAUUAUUACUUUUGCCAUUUUCUCAUAACUUAAACAUUUAUUGCAGUUCCUAAUCAUUGCAUUUCAUUUGAUUGGUAAUGGAUGUGUCUAGCUUUCUUCUCUACCAAUAACUAUAUCAUAAUGCAGAUACUGUGAGGAAAAUGCAUUAACAAAAUAUAGAGAAAAGGUAGCAAUAUAGAACUUCUCUCAAAACUUUGCUCAAUGAAGGGAGUAACUGAUAGUAGAAAUUUGAAUCCUUGUUGCUAUUGCAUGGUCACUUUGUUACAUAUAAAGCUAUAUAGUAAAGAGUAGAGGGACAAUGGAGAACUAUAAGAAAGCCUGUUCCUUGUUUCUGUUAAUAUAAAACACAAUACAGUUCAUUAUGCUCAGAGUAUGUUUAGCUGCAUGGAUUGUGGAUCUUGAAAAAAAUGUAUGAUGUUCAGUUGCACUUGGGAGAUGAAAGAAAAACAGAAGAUAUACAAGCUAACAUGAAUCAGUCUCCAUGAAAAAAAAUGUUUAUGCAGGCUUCACAAGAAGAGAAAAUGUUGACCUGUCAGGCAGAUUGGCCCACUGCUGGUCUGGUUGCUUUUUUUGUAUAUGGUAAGCAAGUUAAUAGUAUGGUUUGUACUUUUGUACUGUGCUGUAACUUGUACACAAUGGUUUCUACUAAUUUAUGGUUGUGACAAUUUGAAGGCAUAGUUAAAAAAAACAUAUGUUAGAUUAAAAUUUUAGUCAUAGAGUGGCUUUUUUAAUCAGGUUUAUAGUUGAAAAGACAUUCCUCAACAAACAUUUGAAAGGUCUGUGUGUGUGUGUGUGUGUGUGUGUGUGUGUGUGUGUGUGUGUAAUUCACCACGGCCUGAUCAUGAGUUGGACUUGCUUUCGCCAGCAGGUACCCUCACGACAUGAGCAAGUGCUCAUUUGUCGAUCUCUGGGUACUGCCAGGACCUCACACACCACACACCCCAUCCCCCUUGCUCAAGGGGGGACAGUAACCACUCCUAGUCAACGGAAAGAAUCCGGCCUGAGCGGGGCUCGAACCGCCGCCUGUUUGGCUGUGAAGCCUUGCAGUGCGACGCUCUAACCAAAUGAGCUACCAGAACGGUGUGUGUGAGUGUGUGUGUGUGUGUAAUUCACCAUGGCCUGAUGUGUGUGUGUGUGUGUGUGUGUGUGUGUGUGUGCGUGCAUACAGGUGGUGAGUCAAUUACUUACCUAAUUAAUUAAUUACUUACUUGCUUGUUUAUUCAUUCAUUUAUGAAAAUUGUGUGAAUUUGUAAAUUACAAAAACUACCUAGAAUAUUCUUCGUUAGAACAGGUAUCACUGCUUGAGGUAUACAAUCUUUUCAUGACUCCUUUUAUCUUUUAUCAUGUACUUACACAGGUGACUAACCAGUCUGAUACCUUAUAUUGUUGUAAUCAGACUGUAGAUAUCCGUCCAUACAGUAGCAUGUAAGGUGAUCCAUUUAGUAAAAUUUUGUAGAUUUUAAUGAUACUUAUGACACCUAAUGUAAACAUUCAUUUAAGUUAGUGGCCAGGCUAGGAUAUUUUAUUUCAUAUACUGUUUGAAUACACAAUACUCUGUUCAUUCAUCUGACAAUAAAAGAAUACCCUCAGUAAUGGACACACUAGUUUUGGAGCAUAAUAAUGUCAUUAUUAAACAAUUUCACAUUUUUGUAUGUACUGUAUCCAUAAACACUUUAAAUUACCUUGCUACUACACCUUGUACCUUAAACAUUUCUCGUAAAUCUUUUCCAGCUGGUUUCUCAUGUCUGGUUCAUUUCAGAUAUAUCACUCCAGUAUUUGUAAGAUUGAGUAUUGAUAUUUUUUAAACUAGUAUUCACAUACAAACUAACUCUGUUCCCUUUGAUAAUUGUACAUGAAAGUUACUAUGGCUCUCAACCAGAAUUUCCUCACAUCAUAUUUCUGAGAAUUGCAGCUCUUAAUAUUCUCAAGAAAUAAAGGCAAAAUUUUCUCUAGAAAAUGUCACAUUUGCUGUUACUUGUGCACAGGAAUGGAUAACUUAUUGCUUCACGAAAAUGUAGAGGGUACAGUGAGUUGUCUGCUAUAAUAUUUUAUAAAGCCAGAUGAAUGCUCUCCUCAUCUUAACAGCCUUAUGUCUCAUGUAUGGUGAUUAGAUAUUUCUAAAAGUUUACUGAUAGGUUUUGGAUGACAAAAAGAAGAGGUAGGAACAUGUUAUUAUCUAUACAUGUUUAAGCUUGGAAUGGCAUAUUGAUGUUAUUUAUGCUUUAUGUAAAAGAUGAAAAAAAAAAAAUUAAUUGCAUGUUGCAGAGUCCUUCCGUCUCAAACUCUUGGAUUUAGGCAUGAGUGGUUACAAGGGAAUAUUGAACUGAGGGAAUUCUUUGAAGGAUUUUCUGAUGCUUUUCAGAUUUUUUUUCAUAUGAUAGUGAAAAUAUUACAUAGGUAAUAUCAAUGACUUUACAAUUUCUAUUUUAGUAUUAGCUGUGAACAAAAUAUGAAUAUACAAAUCAAAAAAUUUAUUUAAUAUAGAUAAAAAGGAAAUCUAAAGUUCUUGACAUUGAUAAAAAGGACAUCUAAGGUUCUGCAGAAAUGCAACAGAAAAGUCCCAGUUUUUCAUGUUCACAUUCUCAGAAAGUGGACCUUUUAGCAGAUGGAGGGGGGCAUCCAACCCCCCCCCCCCCCUGGGUACAACCCUGAUGAUGGAAUUUUAAUGAAGUGUUGAAGCAAAGUUUUCCAUUUCCUGUCCUGGUAGCAUAUACUCUAAAGUUAAGUUGCAUCACUUAAACUUACCAAUGCCACUUCUGAAAUUGAGCCAAUCUUUAUUUUUAUUUCAUUAACUGAUAUGAAUAGGCAGUGAUUUACUUACAGUUAUACACCACCUAAGAUAAGAGGCAUACUGUGGAUUGUCUUCAUCUAAGCAAACCAAGCCUCUCACUAGUUAUACUUGAAAGGCGUGACUUGGUUAUAUCAGCUUAGAAGAUAAUCUUACUUCAUUACAGGUUAUUAUAGGGAAAGCACUGAAAACAAAUUGAUAGAAAGUAGAGUUUGGGGAUAAAUGUAUAUAUUCUCUUCUUCAAGCGUACCAAACUAACAAUGAAAAAAAUGUCAGGAACAGGUAGUACAAGAAAAAAAAAAAAAUGCAAUAAAAA